AUGGCCGGCGCCCCGGGGCCGCUCCGCCUGGCGCUGCUGCUGCUCGGGGCGGUGGGCAGGGCCGGCCCCCGCCCCCAGGGUGCCACCGUGUCCCUCUCGGAGACUGUGCAGAAAUGGCGAGAGUACCGACGCCAGUGCCAGCGCUUCCUGACCGAGACCCCGCCCCCAGCCACAGACCUCUUCUGCAACCGGACCUUCGAUGACUAUGCCUGCUGGCCGGAUGGGUCCCCAGGCUCCUUCGUGAACGUCAGCUGCCCCUGGUACCUGCCCUGGGCCAACAGCGUGCUGCAGGGUCACGUCUACCGGUUCUGCACCGCGGACGGCCUGUGGCUGCACAAGGACAACUCAAGCCUGCCCUGGAGGGACCUGUCCGAGUGUGAGGAUUCCAAGCGAGGGGACCGCAGCUCCCCGGAGCGGCAGCUCCUGUCUCUUUACGUCAUCUACACGGUGGGCUACGCGCUCUCCUUCUCCGCGCUGGUCGUCGCCUCGGCCAUCCUCCUGGGCUUCAGACACCUGCACUGUACCCGGAAUUACAUCCAUCUGAACCUCUUUGCCUCCUUCAUCCUCCGAGCACUGUCCGUCUUCAUCAAGGAUGCGGUCCUCAAGUGGAUGUACAGCACAGCCGCCCAGCAGCAUCAGUGGGAUGGGCUCCUCUCCUACCAGGAGUCUCUGGGCUGUCGCCUGGUGUUCCUGCUCAUGCAGUACUGCGUGGCGGCCAACUACUACUGGCUCCUGGUGGAGGGGGUGUACCUGUACACGCUGCUGGCCCUGUCCGUCUUCUCCGAGCAGCGCGCCUUCAGGCUCUACCUGAGCGUUGGCUGGGGUGUCCCCCUGCUGUUUGUCAUCCCCUGGGGCAUCGUCAAGUACCUCUAUGAGGACGAGGGCUGUUGGACCAGGAACUCCAACAUGAAUUACUGGCUCAUAAUCCGGCUGCCCAUUCUCUUCGCCAUUGGGGUGAACUUUCUCAUCUUUGUCCGGGUCAUCUGCCUUGUGGUGUCCAAACUGAAGGCCAACCUCAUGUGCAAGACAGAUGCCAAGUGCAGGCUCGCCAAGUCCACGCUGACACUCAUCCCCCUGCUGGGGACGCAUGAGGUCAUCUUCGCCUUCGUGAUGGACGAGCACGCCCGGGGAGUGCUGCGCUUCGUCAAGCUGUUCACGGAGCUCUCCUUCACCUCCUUCCAGGGGCUAAUGGUGGCCAUCCUGUACUGCUUUGUCAACAAUGAGGUCCAGAUGGAGUUCCGGAAGAGCUGGGAGCGCUGGCGGCUGGAGCACCUGCAUGUCCAGAGGGAGAACAGCAUGAAGCCCUUCAAGUGUCCCACCAGCAGCCUGAGCUGCGGGCCCACAGCGGGCAGCAGCAUGUACGCAGCCUCCUGCCAGACCUCCUGCAGCUGAGACUCGGGCAUCUCCCUCCCUGUGGUCUCACUGCCAGCCUGGGUGGCCACCCCGGGUGGGAGAGACCCUCCCAGGGACUGGGGGGCGGGGGGAGCACCACAGGCACACAAGCUACUUCCCUGCGUUCCCAUCCCGAGCCCAUCAGACAGGCAGAUGGGCAGUGCCUCCUGGGACCCGAGGACACAUUUUAUUCUGAGGAGAAGCAACCUGUUAAUUUGAUCACCCUGGCGGGUGGAGGGGAAAAAGCAAUUGCUGCUAAAACGAGGAGGAUUUCUUCUCGUUAAGCCACAAGGCCCCUGGGGUUCCCCCAGACAGAGCAGAACAUCAGCCUCAGACUCAAACUCAAGGUCAAUGGCUUAUUAGUGGCCUUGUAAGAGGACAUGGUUCUGCAAGAGGUGGAUACGACCUCAGCUAAAACACAGAGCUUGGGUGAUGCCAGCCGCCUCCGCCUGCCUCCGGUUGGCAUCACCACCCACCCCCUGCCUCCUCUUAAAGGGACGCUGGGCACAGGCUUGUUUCCCCUCCUCUGACCCCUCAUCCCACUGUCCACCCUCCAGCAGUGAUUUCUAGAAAUGGUUGUGGGGGUGGUGUUGAGAAGGAACAUCGAGAAGGUGCCUCAAAGUUUCCCCUUUCCGGCCCCCACUUCUUCCUUGGGUGUUUGGGUUGCUUUGGCGCCUCCUCCCAGGGCAGGUUCACGGCGGAGGGGUCCAGCCCCGGGCGCGGGCUCUGACUCCUGUUCCAGAGAUGCUCAAGAAUCCUGUGGGGCCCCUCUCGGGGACUUUAGGAAUGUUCGUGCUGGGAGUGUAGAUUACUCUCUACUGUUGGGAACCCAGAGGCGCUGAGCCAGAGAGACUGCCUGCACCUCUCAUGGAAAUACUUUUUACCUGUGACCAGAUUACCUGUCUAGCAUGGGUGUUUGGGUGUGCCCUCUUAACUUUAGGGGAUAUGACCAAAAAGAGACUCUUCCGGGGACUCUACCAGUCCUCACCGUGACCAGGGAGGCGGGCUUCCCCUCCCUGUGAUCACUUCCCUGUGAAGUUCCCCCAACAUGGGAGCUUGUAUAUCCUUUGCUCAUUUCUCUGUCUUUGCUGUGAAUAGUUUCUGUCUGUGCAAAUGUGCAAUUCUGAAUUUUCCCAACGGGUGGAAACAAGCAGUAAAUCACAGUGGUAGUUUUGAUGUUGUUUGGGGUUGUACCGUAGUUAUUAAUUUGACUCAUCCAUGCAUUGAGCUAUUUAAUGUUCACCCUGCCUCCAGUCUCUUCCCGUAAAUAAUGAGCCUCAGGGAAGCUUAGAUGGGCAAAACCUUUCAAUCUAGCCAUGGAGGAAAAGCAGACAUGUAGCACCACUGCAGAGACCCAGACAGAAGGGGAACAGCCAUGUCAUGGAGGCUGGCAACUGAAUUCAUGGGUAUAGAACUCAGAGCAGAAGAGAACUCUUGGGAGUUCACAUCUUCUGGGAGGGCAGAGGGAGAGUCUUUGGAUGAAUUCCUAAGUGAAUUGAUCUUUCCCUCCUUUUUUUUUUUUGAGUGGCGGGAACCCUCCCCCAAACCCUUGUGCCAGACACACUCUCCUCUGCCCCUCAGAGAGGCACAGGAUAUGCAGGAAAAAUAAUAAUGGGACAUAAAACACAUCAAGCAGAAAAUCUCUCAUACUUCAGCUUCAGUGGAGUGUCGUGUCUAUGUUAAUAGGGAAGUUGAACCUCAGGCUAAAGAAAGGAUUUGUGCAGGCUGCCUCUUUGAGAAAAUGUUGAGAGCUGGGGGUGGGGACAUUCCUGCCUCCCCAGUCAGGGGGGCAGACAGCCCAAUAGGCAUUGGUUUUCUCUUUGGAGUGAGGGCUAGGGUGAGAAGAGUGCUGGUGGGUUUGAUUGGGUGGGAUCCAGCUCUGGUGCAUGUGUUUCCAUUUUGGAAAAACUGGAAGAUUUUUGAGAAUCAUUAGUGAACUGCACAGCAACGAAGAGACAGAUUAAUAUUAUCUUCAAGAAACAAAUUUUUGAGGGGAAGGAUUGUGGGGAGAAAGUGUUUAGUUAGGCACUUGGGAAGGAAGCUCAGACAAUUGGUUUUAUGCGCUAAGUUCUUUUCCCACCAGGUACUGAUUCCUAGUUGCAGAGUGCUCAUCACACCCCCAGUUGCCCCAAGCCUUUUAACACCGAGCAACAUUUUCCUUGUCAGAUACAUACCAGAUGCUGAAUUGAAGAAAUACUUUCUUUGCUCUAAGACCCGCACUAUUAAUAUUCAUUUGAGUGGCAGUGCACUCUGUCCAAAGUUAUUCCCAAACUAAAUAUAGCGCCCUGGCAGAUCUGGGAACGAUUGAAUGCAAUGUACUCAGAAAUUCCUCUGGCUGUUUACAUGCCUGGUGCCCGAAGUCUGGAGCUUGCCGAGAAAACUCUUGCUUGCCUCUGUCCUGGGGCAGGGUAAGGUGCUGUGUGUGUGAGCCCUGCAGCCAGGUCUGAUGACUGUCAUGAAUGGAAGCCAAGUUCAGCACUCUGGCCAGCUCCCCCCACUGACCUUGUGAGGGGCUUAAACCAUGUCAACUUAUCUUUUUCAUCCGAAUCUUUGGAGCAGCUAAACCACAGAACUGAGACAAACCACUUACGUUGCAA